AUGUUUCUCUUCAAAAGGAAAGAGAGUAACAAUCAAGAAGCGGAAAAAAAAAAUGCACCAGCAAACAAUCCUUUUCAAAAUAUUCAAAAAGAUAGUCUAGACGAAAAGAAAGAAAACAAUUCGCAAAAUCAAGAAAAUUUUAAAAACUCAAGUAAAAAUAAUCAUGAGAAGGAAAAAAAUAAAAAUACAGAAGAAGAAAAAGAAACAACACACAAUUCCAUCUAUAAAGGGGUAAAUAACUCCCUUGCUCAAUAUAUGCAAAAUGAUAUAAUUAAAAAAAAUGAAAAUGUAAAAGGUGCAACGAAUACUAUGAGUGAUGAAGCUACCCCCCUUAACUCUCUUCAAAAAGGUGUGCAUAAAAAUAUUGUGAGAAAAAAUAUAGAGAGAAAAAUUAUUAACUUGUACAGCUCAUCUAGUUCGGAGGGUGAAGAGGAAGCAAAGGAAGAAGCAAAGGAAGAAGCAAACGAAGAAGCAAAGGAAGAAGAAUCAAAGGCAGACAUAGAAGCAACAGCAGUUGAAGGACGUUUUAAUGAAGGCAAAAAGAACAAAUUCGGAGGGGCACAAAAUGAAACGAGCUUUAGCACUGUUAGAAGUAACAACAUAGGAGUAGGAAAACAAAAUGAAGGUAAAAAAAUUUUUGCUAACAUAACGAGUGAAGGUGAAAAAUUAGUCUUUUUAACGAAAAAGGUUAGAGAAGAGAAUAGAAAAAAGCUAGAAAGGAAAAAUGAAAUAAUUGAUGAUACAAGUCGGGAUUUACCUGGAAAUUCUGUUUAUAGAAGGGAUGACAAGAGAACAAACUCAUUGGAUGUUAGACAACACCGGAUCAAGAGGAGGACAGAAAGAGGUGGAGAUGGAAGAAGGGAUGAUGUUGCAGAAAAUGAGAAAAAGAGAAAAACCACAAGCGUAGGGGAAAGUGAACACAGCGAUGAAAGUGAAGAGAAUGAGGAGGGUGAGGAAGGCGAAAAGGGGGGAAGAAGGGAACACCCUAGCGGGAGGGACAAAAAGGGGGAUGGAUUGAAUAAUAACAGUUAUGAUAACAGUUAUUACAGUAAGAGGGAAAAGGAGAGGGAUAAGAACAGGGAUAUGGAUAAGGACUGGGAGGAGGGAAAGAGGCUUUCGAAAGAUGAUAACGGAAUAGAUCGAGCAGAUUACACAUACAUGUACGCCAAACCCGAAUCUCACCUGGCCGAAUUGAACAUGCUUCAUGUGAGCAGCAUGGAGAAGGAGGAAACACUGAAAGAGAAGGAACUGGAAAUAAUAAAACAACAAUAUUUAGGAUUAAACAAGAAGAAGAAAAAAAUGCAAAAACCAUCUGAGAAAUUUCGAAAUAUAUUUAACUUCGAAUGGGAUCAAGCAGAAGACACAUCGAAAAAUGAUAGCAACCCGUUAUACCAAAACAGGUUAGAACCACAGUUACUAUUUGGGAGAGGAUAUAUAGCAGGUAUAGAUAUAAGAGAACAAAGAAAGAAGAAUAAUUUUUAUGAUAAACUAGUUCAAAAUAGAAUAAAUUUAAGUCUAAAAAAAAAUACAGAAUGUAUAAAUUAUAGUCAAAGAAAAGAAUAUAUCAGUAGUAGUACCAAUAAGUCAAUAAUGGUUAACAGUUUAACAAGUAAUAACUCAUUAUGUAAAAAUAAAAGUGGACAAUUUAUUUAUGAACCCAAAGUUAAUAAUAUAAUAAAAGAUAUACAUCAUAAACACUGGAGUGAAAAAAGUAGGGAAGAAAUGACUGACAGAGAUUGGCGUAUUUUUAGAGAAGAUAAUGAAAUAUAUAUUAAAGGAGGAGUUGUACCACCACCUAUUAGAAAAUGGGAAGAAUCUAACUUAUCGACAGAUUUAUUAAAAGCAAUUAAAAAAGCAAAAUAUGAAAAACCUACACCAAUUCAAAUGCAAGCUAUUCCAAUCGCAUUAGAUAUGAGAGAUCUAAUUGGUAUAGCAGAAACAGGUUCAGGUAAAACUGCAGCUUUUGUUUUGCCUAUGUUAUCUUAUGUUAAACAGUUACCACCAUUAACAUAUGAAACUUCACAAGAUGGUCCAUAUGCUCUUGUUAUUGCACCAUCAAGAGAGUUGGCUAUACAAAUAUAUGAAGAAACAAAUAAAUUUGCUUCUUACUGUUCAUGUAGAACUGUAGCUGUUGUAGGAGGAAGAAAUGCCGAAUCACAAGCUUUCGAAUUAAGAAGAGGAGUAGAAAUUGUUAUUGGUACACCAGGUAGAUUACAAGACUGUCUAGAAAAAGCAUACACAGUAUUGAAUCAAUGUAAUUAUGUUAUACUUGAUGAAGCUGAUCGUAUGAUGGAUAUGGGUUUUGAAGAUACUGUUCAUUUCAUUCUUGAUAAAAUACCGACUACUAAUUUAAAAUCGGAAGAUGAUGCUUUAGCAUUACAAGAAGAAAUGAUGACUAAGGCUGGACAUAGAUUAUAUAGAUUAACUCAAAUGUUUUCUGCUACUAUGCCUCCAUCUGUAGAAAGGUUAUCAAGAAAAUAUUUGAGAGCACCAGCAUAUAUUUCCAUUGGUGACCCUGGUGCAGGUAAAAGAUCCAUAGAACAAAAAUUAGAAUUCAUUACUGAAGGUAAGAAAAAACAGAAAUUACAAGAGCUGUUAGAAAUAUAUGAACCACCAAUUAUUGUUUUUGUUAAUCAGAAAAAAGUGGCUGAUAUUAUUGCAAAGUCUAUAAGUAGAAUGAAAUUCAGAGCAGUAGCUUUACAUGGUGGGAAGGCACAAGAAAUAAGAGAACAAACUUUAAAUGCUUUUAAAAAUGCAGAUUUCGACAUUUUAGUAGCUACAGAUGUUGCUGGAAGAGGUAUAGAUGUACAUGGGGUUAAACUAGUUAUUAAUUUUGAUAUGCCAAAAGAUAUUGAAUCAUAUACUCAUAGAAUUGGUCGUACAGGUAGAGCUGGCAUGAAGGGACUUGCCAUUUCUUUUGUCACAGAGCACGAUACGCAUCUUUUUUACGAUUUGAAGCAAUUCCUCUUAUCUUCCAACAAUAUUGUACCCCUAGAGUUAGCCAACAACCCCGCCACCAAGGUUAAGCCGGGGACCGUUAUGCAAACGCCAAAGAAAAAUCAAAUUCUGUACAAAAAUUGA